UAAUUUAUGCUUUUUGAAAAAAUUUCCUUAUCAGCUUUUGCAAAUAUUUCAGGUUUUAUUCUUAUUUAAGCUUUUGCGAAUCUAUUCAMUAUCUUUUGCUAUGUGUUACUAUUGUACUUUUUCCAAAUAUUUCUGCUGAGCUAUGCUAUAUCUUUUGUUAUGGGUUACUAUUGUACUUUUUCAAAUAUUUAAGGUUUUAUACAAAUUACUGCUUCUGAUAAGUUAUGCUAUUUCAUUUGCUAUGUCUUACUUUUCAGCUUUUUUGACUAUUUCAGGUUCCAUACAAUUUUUUGUUAUAUGCAAAUUUCUGUCCCAUUGAAAUACAUUGAAAGUCUUCAAAAUCCUACAGGUAGAAGCUGAUUCUUAGCCUGUUGGUCCUGCUCUUYAUGCUCCUCAGCCUCCUGCCUGAUGGAAGAGGCYAGAUCAAUCUGUGUUCAGUGUGCGUUCCUCAUCAUGUCUACUUUAUGAUCAGGAAUGUCUUUCUGCAUCGUGUGCUCUAGAGGUCUGAAAUGUGGCAAUUUCUUCAAGUUGCUCUCUGCAAUAGCUAUAGAUUGCGGUAAACCAAUAUUGUCAAAUUUAAGCUUUGACAGCUGGUGUUUAGAGAUUUUUUGUAUUAUCAUUUUUUUUUAUUACUUUAGUUCAUUAUUCACUCUAAUGUUAAUCAGUAGUGACAUGUUGUACAAAAAAUUCUUGAUUGCUGUGUUGAAUAUCUGUGUUCCUGAGAACUGAUUGUUCCCUACACCCUUGGGAGAUAUCGCUCUCAAGGAAAAGGGCUUGAUGACCUGUGUUAGAUAGAGCUUGCCAUCUGUUUUUGUUYAUCUUUUCUCACUCUUGUUUUCCUAAAUAAAAGGCCAGCUCUAUCAGACAGAGGGCAGAACGCUCUGUGAAUAGCUCGGAGGAGCAGUUUACYGAGUCUUCUCCUUUUGCAAAAGUUUGGCCAUAAAAUUCAUAUASGUUGUCUGUGGUUCUUUUAUGUAGGUUCAGAAAAAUACCUAUCAACUGGUGUUCCCACAUAUUUCAUAGCCUAAAAGAUCUGACAAAAGUCAAUUAGUGAGUGGCUAACAUGUAAACAAAUGGUGGUUCCGGUUUGUGGUGAUAGUUGUGCCCAUAAAUUACGCAUAGCUUCAUGAGGGGCUAGGAAAUAGGUGGAUAGAUAUAUGUUGUAAAAGACACUGACAUGCCAAACAAGCRAGAUGUUCUUCUUGAAAAUGACAAAAACAUUAACAUUUCUCCUGMUUUCUGGGAGCCUCUGGGUGUUGAUGUGGAAAAGAGAGGCAUCAGAGCAGAUAUAAGAAUGAAUGGAAAAGAAAUCAURGAAAGUAUCAAACAAUAAUUUUACCACAAGUAAAUCCCUCUGAAUAUAUCACUGUUGCCUUUGUUUUUAUGUUUUCUUUUUAACUUUGUCUGAUUUUGUACUAAUUUCMGCUUCUGCUAAUUUAUGCUUUUCCCUUUGCUAWGUUUUUGUUUUGAGCUUUUUCACAUAUUUCAGAUUUUUAUGCUCYGUUCUGCUUUUUCUUGCAUUUCUGCAGGAAUAGUUCUGCAAAUAUGCGUUCUCRCAGCUGUUUCACUAGGAAUAGCAAUUUUUCUAGUUUAAGAUAUAAGAGGGGAAAAUGUUUUGUUAUUAGUGAAAUCUGUAUAUGGAACAAAAUCUUUUUUCAAGCUUCUUUAGAACGAUGAGAUGUUAAAGUUCCUCUUUAUGCAGAUGACAGCRCAGAUCAGUGUCUGUCCUGUGAUUGGUGGCUUUCUUUCCAGCAGRAAGUUGUGAACAGAGUUUAAAAGCUGCUGCAGGACUGCAGACACUCACAGGAAGCUGGACCAGCAAUGGCUCUGCUGAAGGUUCUGCUGCUGGUACUGGGUGUUUCAGUGAACUCAGAUGUUUCUCGGCAGAAGAGAAUCAUUGGAGGUCGAAAAUGUGAUGACAGCGAGCGUCUUUAUCAUGUUCGGCUGGAGAGCAGCAAUGGUGAUGAAAGGAUCCGCUGUGGAGGAUCUCUGGUCCACCCUCAGUGGAUCCUGACUGCAGCUCGCUGCUAUAAGUCAGAGCCAGGAUGGACUAACAUAGCAAUGUUAAAAGUUCAUCCACGGACUAUUAUACGUUACCAUCAAGUAAUCCGACAAGCUCCUGAGAUUUAUGGCGAGUGGCAUGACAUUGCGUUGCUGAAGCUUGAGAUACCAAUAAGAGAUGUCCCACUUGGUCAGCUACCAAGUUGCAACAAUCAUCUUAAAGUAGGCGAUACUGUUCAGCUGGCAGGAGAGGGAGCAAUGAUAACUGGCCCUAAUAAUAAGCGAUUAACUGCUUCUGCUAUUCCAUCACAUCUUCAGUGUGUCAACAUGAAAGUUGUUGCUGUUUCCACCUUCUUGCAGACACGUGGGCAUAUAUUCCUUACUGAAGCACCGAACAAGGAUAUAUGCUAUGCUGACGCUGGUGGAGCAGCAAUGUACAACGGCAAGAUUUAUGGAGUGAUUUCUUUUUUUGGAGCAGACUAUGCAUGUCAGCAGUCGACUGUAAUCAUGGAUGUGUGUGAGUACCUGGAGUGGAUAAAACAAAAAACUGGCCUUGUAUAAAACAAACUAUCAUGAAAUAACAUUUUCAUUAAAUUUCCUCUCACAUAUAAUUUUAUAAUUGUGCCUUCAUCAGUUUUAUCCACGUUUGUAGAAUCAGAAYAAAUUAAUUGCUUUGUUUUUUUCUCACCUGAUUUUUACCUCCCUAAUGGAAUUUUCUCUUCMUCAGAAAUGAAAAAUAAAUCAAUAAAUGCAUGAAAAAGAAACAU